AUGGGGGCGGCGGCGCCGCUGACGCUGCGGGACUUCCUGGAGAUGGCGUGCGAGUCCAGCUGCAGCGACGGCUUCCGCUCCUACCCGCGCCGCCUGCUCCCCUGCCCCGUCCCCUCCUGCGACGACGGCGUGCAGGCCAAGAUUAAGGCGGAGACGGCGCCCGUGCGGCUGCUCAUCGAGGCCGACCUGCGGCGGAGCCCGUCGCGGACGCUCUCCUCCCUCCUCUUCCCGAGGAGCCCCCGGUCGCUGGCCGCCAUCUCGCGCCUCUCCAGGACCCUCUCGCGGCGGCUCGUCUUCUGGAGGCGACACCCCGGCGACGACGGCAGCGAGCGGGACUCCCUCGGCCUCCCGUCGCCCGUCGUCAGCAGCUGCUGCGCGUCCGAGUACGCCGAGUCGGACGCCGAGGCGCCUGGCCCGCCGCCCGUCGACGCGGCGGAGGAGAAGCCCGCCUCGAAGCCGUCGCCGUCGCCGUCGCCGUCGUCCAGCUCGGGCAGCGUCGACGCGGACGACGGCCCCGCCGCCGCCGGUGCCAAGCACAAGGAGCAGCUAACACAUGGCGGCGAUGCCGUCGGGUCGACGGAGGAGGAGAAGCAGCAGCUGAGCCCCGUCUCCGUCAUGGACUUCCCCUUCCUCCACCACCACCACGACGACGACGGCGACGAAACGAGCGACCCCGGCACCUGCUCGCCUGCUACCCCCUUCCAGCACUGCCUCCCCGAUGAUCCCCAACGUACGCUACGGUCGAACAAGGCGCAGGCGCAGGAGCUGCUGCUGCUGCACAAGAUCCGACGGCUCGACGGCCUGGCGCAUGCGGUGGGCCCCGUGGAUCUCGAGGCGCAGUUCGGCACCGAAUCUGAUCGCCAGUCUGCGGAAUCUGACGACACGCACACCCAGACGAGCAACUCCAGCAGCACCAGCGCCGACCACGGCGUGGCGGCGACGUGGUCACCACGGUGCUGGAGCGGCGCCGAUCGUGAAGCAGAGCGCGGACCUGACGUGCCCCGGCGCCUCCUCGCGCGACUCCUCAAAGACGACGACGACGACGGCACGGCAGUUACUUCGGGUGCCACGGAACGGCUGCUCCUUGACUUCUUCGAGGAGGGACUCGACCGGCGCCGUGCGUCGGAGGCAGGGCCGGUGAUCGGCGCGUCGAGGCCGUCGGACCACGAGUCGGCGCUGGUGCGUGCGGCACGGGAUUGGGUGCAGGGCGCCAGGACGCGGUGGGGCGCGGAGGACGUGUUGUACGCCGGGGAGGCGGCGCUGGCGGACAUGGACCGGGGUCGGCGGUGGGUGCGCGCCGGCGAGGAGGAGCGGGAGGUCUGCGCGGCGUUGGAGGGGUUGAUGAUGGACGCGCUGGUGGCCGAGCUGGUGUGCGACUUGGCACUGGCAGCACGGCGUCGACGUACGCUGUAA